GAAAGGUCUAGAGAACGAAGAUUGUUGAUCGACUGGCAAAAUCUACCAUUCAAUAGACCAUGUCGACCAUUAAAUUAUUCUACGCCCCGGGGGCUUGCUCGCUGGCCUCACACAUCUUGUUGAGGGAGAGUGGGACCUCCUUUGAACCGCUCAAGAUCGCUUUCAAAAGCCCAGAACUUCUUGCCCUCAAUCCCAAGCUUCGCGUGCCGGUACUAAUCGCGGAUGGCGAGACCAUCACUGAGACCCCAGCUAUCUUCACGUACAUUGCCCAGCUUGCACCGGAGAAGCAUCUCCUGGGCAAAACCAACCUCGAAGUGGUCCGGACCUACGAAUGGUUGAACUGGCUAUCGGGAACUCUGCACGGUCAGGCGUUUGGGGGCCUCUUGAGACCUGAACGGUACACGGACGACCAAAGCGUCUAUCCUGCCGUCAAAGAAAAAGGUCUCUCCAAUGUCAGAGAUUGCUUCGCAAAGAUAGAGGACCGAUUAACCUCAGUCUAUGCCGUCGGCGAUAGUCUCACCGUGGUGGACGUCUUAUUGUAUGUCUUUUACCGAUGGGGAUUCGCUCUUGGCGAAGAUAUGAGAGUUAGGUAUCCUCGAUACACCAAGCUGGCGCUCAAUGUGGCAGAGCGAACAUCGGUCAAAGAGAGUAUUGCGGCUGAAGGAAUAGACGAGUUGAUAGUGCCAAAAUUGUGAGGCCCUGCACUAGCAAGGCUUGAGUGAGGUGGAUGUUGAACUUUGCUUGGACCUAGGGAUGGGUUAGAAAAGGGAUGUGAUUACAUAGGCGUCGCCGAGAAGCGAAUGUCCGGCUUUCAUAGACUCCAUACCUGCUCCAGUGAUCACCCACUUUUUCUCC